AUGGCGAAUCAAGAAGUUCAGCAGAACCGUCCCCGCCAACAACGCCGGUUCAAGGCUCGACCGGAGGUCCCGGCUAGGGUUCCGUUGAGGCUGUUGCUGCGGGUAGCGUCGGUUGCAGGAGGCAUUCAGUUCGGGUGGGCCUUGCAGCUCUCGCUUCUCACGCCGUACGUGCAGCAGCUGGGGAUCCCGCACGUGUGGGCUAGCAUCAUAUGGCUGUGUGGGCCGCUCUCUGGGCUGCUGGUCCAGCCCCUGGUUGGUCACUUGAGCGAUCGGUGCACCAGCCGGUUCGGACGCCGGAGACCGUUUAUCUUUGGCGGAGCAUUGUCGAUCAUCGUCGCUGUUCUGAUCAUCGGUCACUCAGCCGAUAUCGGGUGGUGGUUCGGCGACACCCCCAAACAUCGCCCCUGGGCUGUGGGCGUUUUCGUUUUCGGGUUUUGGAUUUUGGACGUGGCUAACAACGUCACUCAGGGCCCCUGUAGAGCUUUGCUUGGUGAUCUCACUGAUAAUCAAGGAUCUGAUAAGAUCGAAUCAGAUCUGCAGACCAGUGAGUCCAAGACCGACGAUGGGCACGAUCAGUCUGAGAUGGACACUGCAAGAAUCAACGAGAAAAGCAGCUUCUUUAUUGCUACAACGCUGACCCAGUCUAGAUUCAAUGUGAGAAUAGGCAAAAAAGAUUACAAUGGAAUACAUAAAGAGAUUCAAGAGACUCUGGACGCUCCUACUACUGCCGAACUAUGCCACAAGACCAAUGAACCCUUGCUGUAUGUCCUUGGCUGGGGUGGGGAGGGACCCGCAUCCUAUCUGAAAUGCAAGGAUCAUCGAAGGACACGGGUUGCAAAUGCUUAUUUCUCCUUGUUUAUGGCUAUUGGUAAUAUUCUUGGAUAUGCAGCUGGAUCAUACAGUGGUUGGUACAGGGUCUUUGCUUUCACUAUGACCCCUGCAUGCGGUAUUAGUUGUGCAAAUCUCAAGUCUGCUUUCUAUCUUGACAUUGUUUUCAUUGCUGUCACGACUUAUAUAAGCAUCGUGGCAGCUCAUGAAGUGCCUCUAAAUUCAAGUGGGGCACACCCUGUUGAAGAAGCAGCAGGGGAAUCAGGUGUUGCAGGAGAAGCUUUCAUGUGGGAGCUAGUUGGGACAUUCAGAUAUUUUUCGACCCCUGUAUGGACAAUACUGUCUGUUACUGCCUUAACAUGGAUUGGGUGGUUUCCAUUUCUCCUUUUUGAUACUGAUUGGAUGGGACGAGAGAUUUAUGGCGGUGAUCCAAAUGAGGGCCUUAAUUAUGAUGCUGGAGUUAGAAUGGGGGCAGUUGGCUUGUUGCUUAAUUCAGUUGUUCUUGGAAUAACGUCAGUACUCCUGGAGAGGCUAUGCAGGAAGCGUGGGCCUGGGUUUGUGUGGGGAAUCUCAAAUAUCUUGAUGGCUGUCUGCUUUAUUGCAAUGCUCGUUAUAACCUAUAUGGCAAAUAAAAUUGGUUAUUUAGGCACAGAUCUACCACCGACUGGCAUUGUGAUAGCUGCAUUGAUAAUCUUUACCGUUCUUGGGUUUCCACUUGCAGUGGGGGAUCUGAGAACCAAAUGA